AUGAGAACUCUCAAACGGGCACAUCCGGUUGAACAGCGACGACUGCCACAGCGCUCACAUCGUAACAAUUUGACAUUGCUUUGUUUUGGUACGCUGUUGCGUGUAACGGUGCACGAGCAAUCGUCCGCGUGCAUCCAACCGGAGCCGUGUCCAAUCACUGUCGGUUUGAAGGUGCAGUCCGGGACGAACGACACUGCGGUCGGAGCAGCCCCUCGCAAAUUCGAAAUCCGUCGCUUGGUGAUUGUGCCUUUGAUCGUCGAGCAGGAUCAGAAAUUUGAGGUCUCUUGA